CAGAGGGAUGGGGUAGCUUCAUUAAUGAUUUGUCAGGCGCUUAAACAAGCGCCAGGCCCCUCAGGCAGUGCGCGUCCGGGCCCCGAUGCGCGCCCGUGUGCCAGGGGCCGGCCCAGCCCGGCAGAAGGUUACCGGCCAGGCCCAAGCCAACUCCUGAGCAGUCAAGGGGCAGCGCUCCCCAACCUCGGCCGCCCUGGCGCUCUGUCAGGCCAGGCUCGACGCUCCGAACGGGUCGGGUGACACCGCGACCUCGAGUCCCGGGAUGAGGGAGGGGGAGCCGCGCACCUGCCGGGGCCCGCCCCGCUGUGCGGCCAGGGAGCGGAGCGCAAGGCACCUCCCGCCCCGGCGCGGCGGCGGCAGCCGAAAGGGCACGGCUCGGCCCCCGCCCGCCACAGCGUGGUGCCGGCGGCCGCCCGCCCCCGCCCGCGCACGUGUGCCGGGGAAGGCGUUCGGUGCCGUUCUCCGCCCGGGCGGCGCUUCCCCUCGCUCCCCGCCACCUCCCCUUCGCAGCGGGAGCGGAGAGCAGCCUCCGCCCGACACGCCCGGCAGCGCCGGGGCCGCUCGCCGACGUGCCUCCCGCGCGGGCGGCCGCCCUGCCAGGACGUCGCCGGCGCCGAUGGCCGCCCCGCUGCCCGGUGUGCCGCGCGCCUCAGGGACGGUGGCGGAACCUGAGGGCGGCGGCCCCCACGGCGCAGUGGGCUCCCCCUGCCUGCUCCCCCGAUCCCCCGGGGGGGACCCGCCGCCCUCGCCCCCUGACAGGAGAAAACAGAAAGAUGACAAUAUUUUGGAGAUCUCAUCAAUUCCAAACCCUUUUCCUGAGCUCUGCUGCUCUCCAUUUGCAUCAGUUUUGUCAGCCAGACUGUUGUCCAAGGAAACUUCAAGAAAAAAGCAGGUAAUUAAAGUAUAUAGUGAAGACAAUACUAGCAGAGCUUUGGAAGUACCAAGCGAUAUAACAGCCAGGGAUGUAUGUCAGCUCUUGAUACUGAAGAACCACUACAUUGAUGACCAUAGCUGGACUCUGUUUGAACAACUUACCCACACAGGUUUAGGAAGAGCUAUAGAGGACCAUGAAUUAGUAAUGGAAGUCCAGUCAAAUUGGGUAAUGGAAGAAGAAAAUAAACUGUAUUUUAGAAAAAAUUAUGCCAAGUAUGAAUUUUUUAAAAAUCCACUGAUGUCAAAGGGAGAAAUAGCAGAAAUGUACGAGGACUUGAAAGGUGAAAAGUGGAAGGGAACUCAAAUUAUCUACCUGUGAAAAGGAUGAAAAGGUAGAUAUUAAGAUAACAAAAGAUCCAAGAGAGCUGAGUUUUUUUUGUUUCUCUGAGCAAAUCAUGUACUCCCCAGCAUAGAGGUAUCAUUGCACCAGUGAAAAAUUCUAAGCUUGAGACAGUCUAUGAUUAGCGGAGUAGCUUUCAAAGAAGUGUGUGGUUAACCAGUGGGUGGAACCAGCUGUGGAGUGCUGCAGACAUGCAGCUGUGACUAGCAUAAGCACCUGUGGUUGUUCAGAGACCCUACUGUUUCUGCUGAGUCAUUCUUCUGGGUACUGUGGACCCAGGUGUAGCAGGGAUGCUUUAUCAGAAAUGAGCUGAUAUGAAUCAACCCUGCCAGUAGUUCAGUUUUAUUAAAAAUAAAGGUCACUGGACAUUGGAUGGUCAAGGGAAUAUUAGCUUCAAACUUGUCCAGACCUUGAGAAAACUUCGUAAGUAAUGAUCAGGUUCUUGUCGGGUUCAUAUUUGCAUGACUGUAUUGAACUCCCCAGCUGCAGGUCUGUCCAAAAACUACCCCAUGAUCUUCCCUUGAUAAUGAAAUUGACACUUUAAAUGUGGGCUUUUUAACCACACCAUAUUGAUAUAGUCAGAUGUAACUGAUCUUCAUACACAA